AUGUCCUCCCCAGCCCCCUACUGGGUCUCCACCGACGACUGGCAUACCGCCGGCGAACCAUUCCGCAUCGUCCCCACCCUCCCCGCUCACUGCCACACCCUGGGUCCUACUGUCAAAGACCGCCGCCGCAACAUCCUCAGCGGCCCCGACCACCCCCUGGACCUCCUCCGCCGUGUCCUCUGCCAAGAGCCCCGGGGGCACGCAGACAUGUAUGGCGGGUUUAUCGUACCUCCGGAUGAUGACGGAGCGCACCUCGGCGUUCUCUUCUGGCACAAGGAUGGCUUCUCCACUGCCUGUGGGCAUGGCACCCUAGCCCUUGGCUUCUGGAGUAUUGAAUCAGGUCUUGUCAAGGCCCCGUCUGAUGGGGUCACAGACGUGGUCAUUGAUGUUCCUUCGGGCCGUGUGACUGCCCGAGUUACCACGCAAGGAGGCAAGCCAGUUCACGCCGACUUUAUCAAUGUCCCCAGCUAUCAAGUCGUUGAUCAGCUCUCUGUGCAUCUUCCCUCUCUGGGUAAAGACAUUUCCCUCGACCUCUCUUGGGGAGGCGCUCUCUAUGCCUUUGUCGACUCUACAGAGUUCAUAGGUCUAAAGGUAAUCGAGACGAAUCACGACGCUUUUGUGUCUCUGGGGCGUGAGAUCAAAGCGGUACUGGGAGACAAGGCUCGUCAUAGGGAUCUCGAGCUCUAUGGGGUAUGCUUCUACGACAAGCUCGCCAGUGAUGAAAGCAGUCUCACUCAGCGCAACUGCGUCGUCUUUGCCGACGGUCAAAUCGACCGCUCGCCUUGUGGCUCCGGUUCUGCUGCCCGGGUGGCCCUGCUCUACGCUCAAGGUCAAUUGACAGAAGGCCAAGUGCUCCAUCAUCACUCGAUCAUCAACACUGUCUUUGACGGCUCUAUCGUUUCUACGGAAAAGGUCAAUCCUUUCUCUCCGUACCCAGCGGUGAUCCCGAUGGUACGGGGUUCGGCCAACUUGAUGAGCCAGAGUAGAUUCUACAUUGACUCUGCUGAUCCUACUUUCCCUGGCUUUGUCUUUCGCUAA